CAGAGGUCGGUGCUCAGUGGGACUCUGUGUGGAAUCACGGUAUUGUGCCGCGCUGUUAGUGGGGGUAAGCCGUCACAUUGUUGGUGUCUCGGUCUCGGUAAAGUGUCCCGGCAUGGCGUUGCAUUGUGGGCCUUGGAACGGUGCGCGUCUCAAAUGGUGUUGACUGGGGGCUGUGUGCUGUGCGGCUGUCUUCCGGGACCAGUGGUGUCUUCCGUUCUCGAUACCGAGCCAUUCACACGGCCUCGUGUGGCGUGGGUCACAUGUGUCUCAAAUUAGUCGGACAGUAGUACUUCAGGUGCACUUUUGCAUGUAGAUGUAGUAGUUUUCAACAGCUUAUUCAAAUACUGGUGCGAGUACUUACCCUUUAUUUUGGUACUAUGCUUGCUUCGUGACGUUGCACUCCUUUAUGGAUCUCAGGGUAUUGCGGUUAUGCUAUAAAUCACGUUAUAAAUUGUAUAUUAUAAAUCAUAAUAUAGAUUUCCAGCCAUACAUGAGUCAUCCUCUUGAUUGCUUUUAGAAGAGUUUUGAUGGGUAGGUGUAAAGCAGGGGUACUUCAGAGUUCACGUUACUUGCCGCCUACCGCCUUAGGCUUGCUACAAAACUUAAUUUACAUUAUAGCCUGUCCUUGAAAACAUGACUUGCUUACGCCAGCAGAUUGUUAGUUGUCCCAGAACAUCGUCUGACUUGUGUUUUGCCAUUUUCUCAUGUACCCGGCCCGUGUAUCUAAUAUGUCUAUAUAAUACCAAUAGGAGUCGCCAAAAGAUAGUACCUGAGUCGUUUGAAUCAGGUUAAAUGUAUUGGAUUCGCUGAUCGUUAUCACAAGGGUAAUAUCUCGUGAUUUAUGUUUGACCUUGUCAGGAAAAUGUUUGGGAGAUUUACGAUGUUUUUAGCUUUCGUUCGCGUUACUUUGAGAAAAGGAGGGUGGUAUGAGGGUUUUUAUAUUCUCUCCACUGUCAUUGAAGCGAUUCUAGCAAAGCCAGAUUGAGAUUCUGUGUGUAUGUACGUUUAGCUGAUGCAUCUAUUCAGGACUACCUGGCUAGCCAAUAUUCCGUUAAGCUGUUGAAUCUUUUGAAUGAGGUGUUUUAAGCAUUACUGUAAGCUGUUUCUUGUGCACAGUUUCUAAUCGUUCAGCCAUAGACCUCUGUACACCGGUCAGAGGUCUAUCAUCUAUGGUUCAGCGUAUAUGCCUGUCAACUUUGGGUCACACAUAUAAGUAUUAACUUAUUCGCCGACGACAACGAAAGAAAACGUAAGCGUAUGUAGAUAGCCGAUGAGGAUGUUGAUUGUGGUUGAUGCCAAUCUCUUUUCCUAAACUUAUUUGCGAUUAGGCUUCCUCUUAUCGGCUUAUGUUCUGGUCUGUGGAGCGGUGGAACAUUGCUGUGAAAGUAUCGCUUGGCGGUCGAGUGUAGACACAGAUAUGUCUAUUUUUCUGAUGGGUGGUGUGCUGUUAGAGAUCGCUUUGCGCGCAGAUCUUGCUUGAGGUUAAAAUAAAAUAUGAACUGUCAGUAGGUAUUUGUCUGGAGUGUGUCCCAGCUGAUGUAAUCCAAAGAAGAAUAUACUACACAAUUUUGGUACUGAAGCCAUUCCUCAUGACAUUUGACGCCACUACGGCAUCAUGAAGAACGUAGGACAACUGUCGUUACAUUUUCUGCGAGGCGAUCUUUUUUUCAAAUUCGUCCGUACCUCCUCGUCAUGGAUGGCAAAAUGUCAGUCACCCACAUCUCUGUACGUGCACAGCCCUCUGACGUUUCGGCGCAUCUAAUUUCCAACGCGCACCGGCCGCACCAUGCAGACCGUGCGGACUCCGGAGACCGCCCCUGAGGGGCCGGUCAGGUCGCUGAUCGGAUCGAUCCAAAGCUCUGUGGUGGUGGUCGGCUCGGCACUGGUCGUGCUCGCCGCCUGCGGCAACUCCAUCACAUGGCACCUGCAGCAGUUCUGGGGCACGUCGGGUAACCUGUGGCAGUCCAUCUGGGACCGGGUGUACGACUACUUCGAGGGCGACCAGUUCAACAUCAUACUCUAUGGCACGCCGGCGCUGGGUCUGGCCGUGUUCUGGUCGGCCGGCAUCGUCUACAUCCUGAUGGACGUCACUCUGCGGCCGGAGACGCUGCGGCGCUACAAGAUUCAGCCGGGCACCAACGAGCCAGUCGACACCUACCGCCUCCUGCAGGCGAUCUUUUGGGUGCUGUUUAAUCAGACCGUGGUGGGACUGCCCUGUAUGCUGGUGUUCUACAAGCUGCUGGAGCUGCGCGGGUUCGACACGGGCCGCGAGCUGCCUACCUUCCACUGGGUGCUGCUCGAGAUCGCCGUCUGCCUGCUGGUCGAGGAGGUGGCCUUCUACUACAGCCACAGACUGCUCCACUCGCCGCGGCUGUACAAGAAGAUCCACAAGUGGCACCACGAGUGGACGUCGCCCAUCUCGAUCACGGCUCUGUACGCGCACCCGCUGGAGCACGUGCUGUCCAACUACCUGCCGCCGUUCCUGGGCGUGCUGCUGCUGGGCAGCCACGUGGCCACUGCCUGGCUGUGGUUCAGCAUGGCGCUGCUCUCGACCAUCAACGCCCACUCGGGCUACCACCUGCCCUUCUUCCCAAGCCCGGAGGCGCACGACUUCCACCACCUCAAGUUUAACCAGUGUUACGGCGUGCUGGGGGUGCUGGACCGACUGCACGGCACGGACGACAAGUUCCGGCGGCGGCCCGAGUACCAGCGCCACGUGAUGCAGCUCAGCCUGGUGCCAUUGCGUCAGAUGUACCCCGACCAGCAGAAGGGCGCCAAGGCGGAGUGACCGGCUGGGGCGCCCCCACCUCACUGACCCUCUCCCUCCCCUCCCGUCUCCCUCCGCUGGGUCAGUGCUCUCCGCUUUACGUAGGCUGCAGAGUCCCCGACCCGAGUCUCUGGUUACCAAUGAACUAAGCGGGAUGCAGGUUACUUUGUUCAAGUUGCAUGUUAUAUUUAGAGUAUUUGUUUAACACAGAUCUAGGAUUUGAUCUGCCUUCCAAAGUUAUCCGCUAAGCCCAUGCCACAAGGUAGGUUCAUUUCGUAAUGCCUCCUCAUAUCACGAUCGUUAUAUAAGGCUGUGUUCAGCCCAGCCUUGGCCCAGUGAUUCGCAGUUCGCUGAACACGAUUAAUAAAUAGUCACAAAAUUUGUGCACUGGAUUUCUCAACUCCGUGGCCAGAGGUUAAGCAGAUGUUAGCCUUUCCAGCGUUGGCCUUCUACAUCUUCAGUCCCUGCAAAUUGUUGGGCUAGACUUAUGACGUCAUUUGUCAAAAGAAUUGGCACUUGCUCAUCAGAACCAGUCCGGCCCUGCGAACCAGAUUCAGUUCAGGUAAAUCCCUCUCGCAAUAACUGCGUAUGCAAGGAAUAGUAUCAACCCUAUCCCCUCCCCAAGGCUUAGUGAAUUCCCAGCAAAUUUGCUGCUUUGUAUUUCAUGUCUAAUAUGUUUAAACGAAAUGUGAUGAGAUUAUGUGUGACGUGUACGACAAUCUGUACCGAUUAAAUUGCACUGCAUACAUGUUGCAUGACGGCAUCCAGUAGUGCACGUUGGUUUUGCGUUUCUCGAAUCGUGUAUAACAGUAGCUCGUGAAGAUAAUGAUAACAAUAAACGCACCCAACGAAUA